GUUCAUAUGCGCAAGUUAAUAUACAGGAUGUCCCUAAAGUCUCCGUACAGAGGCAAAAUGAACACAUAUAUUGAAUAUAUUAAUAAGAAUAUAUUGAAAUCAUUCUCAUGGUUGGAUCAGGAAAUUGUCGGAUGAUUGGAAUGGACUUUAACGUGAAAAAUGGCGAGUACAUCACACACGACACUGUUGCCAAACUUAUUAACAAGUUCAAAAAGACUGGAAGUGUUGCGCACCAGAAGAAGUGGAUCCACUGACGAACACAACCAACGAGGUGCUGGCAAACUAUGUAUGGAGACCUUAUAUCGAGGCUAUAAGUUAAAGUGCACCUAUUAUGCUUUUUCAGAUAUUACCAUUCAUGUAGUGUCUUAUAUCGCUGUUUGUGAAUGUAAAAAGUCUGCAAAGUUUAAAAAAUCAAAGGGCAAGACAAGUAAUUGUCUCCCAAAAGAAAUUCUGAACAGCUGAAAUUCAGAUAUGGUAGUGGGCGUUUCCUUUCUGACAUGUGCCGUAAGUGGUAGACCAAUCACAACAGACUGGGACAAAUGACCAAUCAGAGCAAGGUAGGCUCUCUGAAAGGAGGAGUUUAGAGUGAACAGAUCCUUGAACGAGUCGUUUGUUACCUAUAUGUAGCUCGUACUCACUUAAGCUCCUGAAAAAUUAGCCUAAAACGCCUAUCCAUGGCAUACCCAAAGUAAAAUUAAAGCUGUUCUUGAACCAUUUAGUACAUGCAUGGUUUUGGUCUGUUCUGAAAGGUGACACUGGGAAGUCAGAGUCACUGCAAGUGCUAUUGGUAUUGAGUAAUAGCAGUUUGAACACACUGAAAGAGAAGGGUUUUUUUCCGCCUGAUUUUGUUUAUUUAUUUAUUUUUGCAUACGGAUGCCUGCAGAUGACAACAGUUGGGAGCACAAUUAGACCACAGCAUGAGGCCUUUCUUAGUCCAAGUUCAAAUUUGAUAACAAUACCAAAGAAAAUGUAUAUUUUGCACAUGACUUUCUAAGGAUAUAUCCAUGCGUUUUACCAAAAUCUUGGUAAAUCAAUAAAUCCAUGCGUUUUACCUUUUGGAGACUCCAAAGGGCCCUUGGUAACCAUGUACACAUACCUAAGAUAAUAAGGCUACUUCUCUUGAUUUUUCUCAUAAUGUGGUGCACUAAUGAAAGGUGACACUAAGCGCUAUCAUAUCACAUAUCCAUCAAUCUACAAAAUAUAUAUUUAUAUAUACAGUAUAUUCAUAAUUGAAACCUUUGCUCACUUUUACACGCUUUUAUGCCACUGGUUACGCAGCUUUUCGCAGGGACUUUUAAAUUGAAGUGUUGAAACUCACUCAUGAAGCAGCGUAUCAUAUUUUUCAGAAUUUCAUUGGCUAUACGUUGUGCCAGUCAUCCAUAAACUCGGUUGCAAUACGCUCGAGUUGUUCACAAAGGAAAAAGGGGAAGGCACUUACCUUCAGCACGGACUCUCAUUGGCUAUGGAAGGCUAUGGACAGGACAUGGACAGCUCCUAUUGGUUCAAAUGAGGUGUCAAACGAAAGGGCAGAGCUCAGUGGCCAUUUUGAAAUGAAGCAAUAAGGGAUAUUCACAAGCAAACAGAAGUUAUAAUGGAGAAAAUUGAAAGAUUAGGCCUAUCUGCCAGUAAUUUGAAAUGACGCAGCGACAGUCCGUGGGUAUUUACAGAUUUUUUUUGUGUGUUUUGGACUAAAUAUUUUUAUAUAAUUGAAUUGUUUAGACCUUUGCCAGUGUAACAAGACUGUUUUUGAUAGGAUGUUAUGGAUCAGUGGACUACUAUGAGGCUUCAUAAGGGUCAAUUUCAAUGGCUUGACAUGGCAGAUGAGAGAGGAGCUGUGUGCCCAGCAGGACAGCAACCUUACAGGCAGCCUGUCUGCAGUUCCCUUGGGAAGACAACACAGACCUGACGAACCAGGUGCUGAUAACUAUAUCUCACCGAUGCAGUUUCCGGCUAUGAAAUGGAACAAACCAAAUCGAGCUUCUCAUCGUGUUACAAAACGGCACCGGAAACUUCUCAAGACCAGCGCGGCAAUCCGGUCACUCCGCGUCAACUCCACGUCAUCAUCAGAGCCUACACCCAGGAGCUGGCAGCACUUCUACCAUACGCAGAAAACUCGUCAUCGCCUGAUUAAAGAGGUCUGUGCGAAAUACCGGAGCAACAUCUCGCGAACAAUAACACCACAUCAUGUGUCUCGCAUCUAUGUAGAGGACAGGCACAAGUUACUUUACUGCGAAGUGCCCAAAGCAGGCUGCUCCAAUUGGAAGCGAGUGCUGAUGGUGCUUGCUGGUGUUGCAUCCUCCACAGACAAGAUAAACCACGACACUGUCCACUACGGCAACCACCUACCACGACUAGACAGCUUUGACCAGCAUGCAGUUUCUGAGCGCCUCCGUUCCUACACCAAGGUGCUGUUCAUUCGAGAGCCAAUGGAGCGUCUGGUCUCAGCAUUCAGGGACAAAUUUGAGAGCCCAAACUCCUACUACCACCCUGUGUUUGGCAAGCCAAUAAUCUCUAAGUACAGGGUGAAUGCAUCCAAAUCAGCACUCAGGACAGGCAGCGGUGUCACUUUUCAGGAGUUUAUCCGCUACCUGCUGGAUGUACACCGUCCUAUCGGCAUGGACAUCCACUGGGAGCCAGUAAGUCAGCUCUGCAGUCCAUGCCUGCUCGAUUAUGACUUCAUCGGCAAAUUUGAGACUAUUGAGGAGGAAGCUAACUUCCUCUUGGAUAGAGUGGGUGCUCCAAAAAACCUCACAUUCCCCACCUUCAAGGACAGAAACCCAGAAGCUGCGAGGACUUCCACACACAUCACGCAGCGUUACUUCACACAGCUCAGUGCCUCAGACAGGCAGAGGGUAUAUGACUUCUACUAUAUGGACUAUCUAAUGUUCAACUAUUCCAAACCUUUUCAAGAUGUGUACUGAUAAACUCGCUGUCACUUUCGGUUGGCAUUGUCAUGGUUGCUAUUGUACAGGUUGUCAAAAACGUAUAGAUUAUUGCAGUGUGAAAUUUACAUAGUAGUUGUUCAUUGUAACUGCUUCAAAUUAGCAGGUGUCUUGUCACUUCGCACCAAUAAUUUAGCAGUGAACACGUUCCAACUGGGAUUGAAACAGAGCGGGACUGACUAGAAAUUCAUUGUUAUGAACGCUAAACGCACUGCAGAUGUGUGGAUGAUUCACAGCCUAUUAACUCCUUAAUCCCUUGUCAUUUCAUUUACUAAAAGCAACAUCCCCCGUCAUGAUAAUAUUACCUAAACACAAUGCUUUAAAGUAUUAAAAUGUAACUAUAAUAUUGUAUUAUUGUAAAAAAAAAAAAAAAAAAAAAAAAAAAAUUUCAUGUCAUUCAGAUGACUAUAUAUUUUUCUAUGUAUUUGUAUAAUGUCUUUAUGUUUAGCUGUAGGUGUGAAUGGCAGCAUAAUUAUAGAUUUAGUCUCUCUUAGAAGACUACGACUUCCAAACUGUGGAAUGUUUUUCUUCCAUCAUUGGAAGAUCACGUUUUGGAUUUCAACGAUGCCACUAUUUUGCCCACAAAUUCGUCUCAAAUGAGUAACCUCAGAAGACAGUAGCCCUGACGUCUCGGUGAUCGACGUGCCUAACUAACGUUUCCUCAACGGCUAAAGUUUCUCCAGGAUCCUCCGAUUUUUAAGAACAUCCCUGUAAUAAUUGCAGCAUUACACUGCUCAGAGAACAUAGCAGACCAAGGGUAAGAUAAAAUGUGAGCUUUUUUUUUUUUUUUUCAUCAAUGGUAUUAUGAUAAAUAGUACAAAUAUUCCUCACU